GCGACUGAUGUGGCAUAUCUCUCUGUAUACCAGUUAUCAAUUUACAAUCCCACAAGUUCUCGAUUAAUUGCGAUUAAUAAACUGCAGCGGUUCAUCUGUGAUAAGAAACAAAACAGUGGUAUUGAAAUUUCUUACAAUGACGAGUAUUCCAUUCAAAACUGCAAUGAAAAUAAUAUGUUCCCCUCUGUGUCAUGUUAACAUAGAAAUCAGGAAAUUCACUAAAAAUAAGGACUGAAUGUCCACGGGACUGACAUAGUCUAUGGCUUACUGAGAAGAUUUAGAAGUCAGGAAAUGUAAAAGACUGAAAAUUAACAAAACUUGCCAUUGUGUUUUGAUUCCACUUGAAUACAAAAGGUUUGCCUUUACAAAUUGAAUUAUAAUCACACCAAACACUGAACACCUGAAGUUGUAGUUACUCACGAUCCCUCCGAUGCGAUUGGCGAAAAAAGUGAUCGAUCAUAAAACACGGUCAUUAAUAAGCUAGCAAGAAAAAUCCCGUUUUCAAAAGAGCAUGAGCCGGACUGAAGAGGAAGUUUAAGAAAGUACUAAAGAGUUAUCAACCAUUGAGAAUUUGAUUCUUUCUUGAGUGCUAGACGUGAUACUGAAAUGGUCGAACACAAUGAAUUUUUUCCUCAAAGCUUUACUGUGCGCUUUUUUGGUGAAGGCCAUUGCAAAAUCAGCGGUCCCCACAAAAAGUGCUACUGAUGCUAGAAAACCACAGUGUAACGUAAACAACUACUUUUAUGCCGGACCGAAUACUAAGAAGAUCGAACAACAACUGGCCGAAAUCAGAGAAGAAAUCAAGGCGCUCAGAGAAAACCGAACUGGUGGUGGCGGUUCUAGCGGCAAAGGUAUUUCUUUGAACAUCCCUCUUUUCACUGUCUUUUAGCGCUCUGAUCCUAGCGAUUCAGUACUUUCUUUUAAGCGCGCUUAUCGUCUGCAAACGAUUGAUCACUUGUGUUUCGGUUCACGGCUUAACAGCAGCCCUGAGGUUUUACGACUUAAACGGACUACUCGCUGAUGGGCAAGCGAAGUACGCGCCAAUGAGUGCGUAUCGGUUCAACGAGGGCCGUUUUAAACUUUAGGAUAAGUAAGUAAAGCCCACUAUUCCAUAUCCACUGUGGAAAAGAAGAGCCCAAAACCAUCAGCAAGAAAAUAAUAAGCUGUUCGUAAAUUUGCGUAUAAGUAUCCAAUAAGGUUGAGUAUAGGACUGUCAUAUCAUCAUAUCUCGACAUAUCACUAGUACAAAUCUCGUGCGGAAAUUCACUCGAAUCCGAGUUUCAUUUACAAUUUUCCUUUUCCAGUAGUCGUAAGUGUCACACUGGUCGUUCUAUUUUCAGUUUACAAGAACUGUGCCGAAAUUUACCAGUUCGGUAUAAAGAUCAAUGGAGUGUACAAAAUCAAUCCUGAUGGUUUGGGCGAAUUUGAAGUGUACUGUGAUCAGAAAACUGCUGGCGGAGGUUGGACAGUGUUCCAGAAGAGGCAAGAUGGCUCUGUGGAUUUUUACCGCCCUUGGGAUGACUACAAACGAGGCUUUGGUAAUCUGAACGGCGAGUUUUGGCUCGGACUGGACAAGAUUCAUCGUCUGACUGUAAGCGGCAGUUACAAGCUUCGCGUGGACUUGGAAGAUCUUCAUGGCAGUACAGCAUUUGCACAGUACAGUUCAUUUGCUGUGACAAGUGAAAGGGCGAAAUACCAAUUGAGUUUGGGAAGCUAUUCAGGUACGUUAUGACACCCCUGUUUGUGAUUUCAAGCCUAAUAAAUCGAACAUGAAGCUCAAGACGAAUUUUGGUCACGCACCAUACACAUAUAAAAUCUGAGUUUCAGGUCUUCUCACCUUCGUUCUUCCCUCCCCUUCGGUCCUCUUUACUAGAAAAGCCUCGGUGCCCUACCCGAGCUACAUGCUAUAAUGCAAUAAAUUCGGCCGAACCUGCUGUGUCAGUAUGAGAAAACAAGCGUUUUAUAACUUCUAUAGCUCGUAAAACUAUUAUCUAGAUCAUAUUGAACAGAUGAUUACUUUGCUUGGACAGCAAACUGCUUAAUCAAACAACUAGCAAGCAACUCAAAUGAAAAACUAGGACGAUAUAAUUCACGGUGUUGUUGUUGUCUGAUCGUUUUUUUUAAGGUACCGCUGGAGAUUCCCUUGCGUAUCACAGAGGAUAUCCAUUUACCACCAAAGAUCAUGACAAUGACAGCAGCGGAAGCACUAACUGUGCCGUGACAUGUAAAGGCGCCUGGUGGUACAAUAAUUGCCACUACUCCAACCUGAAUGGUUUGUAUCUUCACGGCAAGGUCAAUGAUCAAGGAAUUUCGUGGUACCAUUGGAAAAAAAACUACUACUCUGUGAAGAGAUCUGAGAUGAAGAUACGUCCAAGGGAUUUUUAA